GGAGGCGGGGCGCAGCCACCGCUUCCGCCGGGCCAUGGGGCCGCGCGUGCCGCUGCCGCCGCUCCUGCUGCUGCUGCUGCUGCUGCCGCCGCGGGCGCUGCUGUACGGAGCCGAGGAGGCCACGCUGUCGCCAACGUCCGCCGUGACGAACGGGAGCCAGCCGGGCUCGCCGCACAACAGCACGUACUCGCGGCCGCCGGGCUCGCCGGGCUCGGCGCUGCUGCGUUCCUUCUACGUGCUCACGGGCCUCAGCGGCCUGGCCGCGCUCUACUUCCUCAUCCGGGCGUUCAGGUUGAAGAAGCCGCAGAGGCGGAGGUAUGGCCUGCUGGCCAGCAGCGAAGACCCCGCGGAGACGGCAUCGCUGGACAGCGACGAGGAGGUCGUCUUUGAAACGCGGAAUCUGAGAUGGUAGCGCCGGCCUCCCCUCGAGCGCCAGGGACUCCUGUCGCGGGGCAGCGGGGUGGGCCAGGUCGGAGGGUCAGGGGCUGAGGGCCUCUGAGGCCUCGCUGUGAUCCCAGGGCUGGCCUUGCAGCUGCAGGCUGUGUGGCCCCGGAGCAGGGCUCGCCGGCUCCCGGCCUCCGGUAGUCAGCUCUCCAAGGCUGCGGUGCUUGCACCAGUGCUGGCUGUGCUCCAACCUCGAAGGCCCCAGUGUCGGGGCAGAGAAAAAACAGUGGGGCAGCUGCGGAGGGGCUGGGUCAGGGAUGGCCUCCGUCGGGCCCCGCCCCGGAGGAGUAUCAGGGCCCACUGGGCGCAGAGCCGGCAACCGGUCUGAAGCAGGAGUGAGGGCCUGCCUAACCCCAACCUCGGUGUGCUGGGGUGGGAGGUGCAGGCGUGGAGGCCAAGAGACCAGGAGACUCUUCAGGUUUUUUAGGCCCCAAGGGGAGGCAUUGGUGUGAUCUGAGAUCCCCUGUGGCUGGGGGGCCCCUCCUCCUGAGCUGGGCCAUCUGGUAGGGCCCAGCAGCUCAUUGUGGUGGACCUUGGUGGGGGAGGGGCCGGACAGGUGCGGGCUCUGCUCAUCCCUUGCAGGAUGGACCCCAGGCACAGCGGGGUCUCACCCUCUGCUCCUCAUCUCCAGACGCUCCUCCGGUCAGGGAGGCGGCAUUUCCAGAAGCCCCAGGGAGAGAACAAGAGAUGGACCCUGCUCCCAGUGUCUGGUGUGCCCCUCUGACCCUCCUGCCAGCUUUGACACGGACUCUGAGAGCCCGCACGGGUCCUGCCUCGCUCACGCCUCAGCCCGAAGCCGCCUCGGCCCUUCGCCCAGACAGGACUGUGUCGGAUGCUGGGUGGAAAUCAGAGGCCCCGGAGAACGGCUGGACUGUGACUGGUGCUGCUCCCCCUGCUCCGUGGGGAUGGGGCAGCCCCAGCGAACGCUGGGUGGGUGGGCGGGGCGGGAUGAGGGACCUGUCUGGGGGCGUUUUCCCGUGGGGCUGGGGACAAUAAAAGCCGCCGUGGAUGUGUA